UUACCUCAAGGGCAUCCAAGAUGUAGGUGUCUUUGUUUCCGCAGUAGUUUCAAUUUUAAUAUUUUUAGGUCAACCCGUUCUUGUCUGUCAGUCAUAUAAUGCAGGUCUAUGGUCACCACCUCAAAGAGCAUGCACAGAGAAGUCCAAAUUAAACAUGAUUUAAUGACUCGUAAAUGUAAGUACAGAUUGAUGGCCUAAGACACAAAACGAGCGGUUUGUGUGAGAAAACGAACAGUAUUUAUAUCGUUUUUACCUCUUGUAAUCACAGUCACGUCCAAGUGAUCUGAGGGCGCGGGCGCUUCGGUCUGCGCAAGCGCCGAAAAACGCCGGAAGUGAUCUCUCGUGCGGUUGCGGAAAAAAAAAUCAACGUUGUCUGUUGAUAUAUCGAAAUCGUCUUCCAUUGCUAUUUCCUGUAUAUCUAAAUAUGUUUAGAUCUUCACAGUGAAAGGUAACACUUCCGAAAUCUCUGUGUAAACAACGAGUGACGUACACGCGCGAGAGAUCACUUCCGGCGCUUGCGCAGACUGAAGCGCCCGCGCCCUCAGAUCACUUGGACGUGGCUGUGGUUACAAGAGGUAAAAACGAUAUAAACACUGUUCGUUUUCUCACACAAACCACUCGUUUCGUGUCUUAGGCCAUCAAUGUGUACUUACAUUUACGAGUCAUUAAAUCAUGUUUAAUUUGGACUUCUCUGUGCAUGCUCUUUGAGGUGGUGACCAUAGACCUGCAUUAUAUGACUGACAGACAAGAACGGUUUGACCUAAAAAUAUCAAAAUUUAAACUACUGCGGAAACAAAGACACCUACAUCUUGGAUGCCCUUGAGAUUGGAUAAAAACACAGUGAUCACAGUUCACACCUGCAGUGAAGCCCCUCCCACAACAAUUCACCAAUAAAUACUGGGAAUAUUCCCAUCAUCCUACAAGAGAAGGACAAACUCCAGGAGUAGCAGCUGAAAUCUGUGUGACUGUUAAAGAUGGAGUUUAUUAAAGAGGAGAUUGAAGACAUGAGUGAUCCAGAACCAUCCAGAAUAAAACAUGAAGAUACUGAGGAACAAACAGACCAGGUGAGAGUGAAAGAGCAAAGACAAGAACUGAAUGAAGAGGAGGAGGAACAUCGUAACUUUAAAACUCAAAGAACAGAAGCCAAAAAGACACACACCUGUACUCAGUGUGGAAAGAGUUUCACACAGAAAGGAAACCUUAACAGACACAUGAGAAUUCACACUGGAGAGAAACCGUAUACAUGCACUCAGUGUGGAAAGAGUUUCACACAGAAAGGAGAUCUUAACACACACAUGAGAAUUCACACUGGAGAGAAACCGUAUACAUGCACUCAGUGUGAGAAGAGUUUCAGUGAUGCAUCAGGUCUCCGUCAUCAUCUGCUCAUUCACUCUGGAGAAAAAACAUUUAACUGUGAUCAGUGUGGUAAAGAUUUUAAUUCGUCAUCAAAUCUAAAAAAACACCUGAAAGUUCAUUCAGAUGAGAAGCCUUAUGUGUGUUCUCUCUGUGGAAAGAGUUUUUCACAGUCUGGCAGUUUUAAACGGCACCAGAAAACACACAAUGAAGUGAGAGAUUAUAUGUGCUUUGACUGUGGGAAGAGCUUUACUACAUCUAGUCAUCUGAAACUGCACCAAAGAAUUCAUACUGGAGAAAAACCUUACAAGUGCUCAUACUGUGACAAGAGUUUCACUCAGUCUGGACACCUGAAAUCACACGAGCGAGUUCAUACUGGAGAGAAGCCGUACUACUGUACUCAGUGUGAGAAGAGUUUCACCCAAUCAAGUAGUCUAGUGACUCAUAUUAGAAAGCAUUGUUCUGUGUCACAGUGAGCAAAUGUUUUAUGAGAUUCAC